UCCAGCUGUAGGAAUUACGAUACCUAUGGGCAGAUCUCAAGGGCCAUGCUGGAAAGGGGCCAUGACCAGGACGUGGUGCAGUGCAGGGUUAAAGUGAAGGAGCUGCGGAGUGCCUAUUGCAAAGCCCACGAGGGAAACGGCUGCUCCGGUGCUGCCCCCAUGACCUGCCGUUUUUACAAGGAGCUGGACGCGAUACAUGGGGGUGACCCCACUACCAAUCUGAUGACCACAAUGGGCACUUCAAAGUUGGGGGGGGGGGAGGAAACCGAGAGUGAGGAUACUGGGGUGGAGGGAGACACCCCGGAGUCCCAAGAGGCAUGCAGCCAGGAGCUCUUCUCAAGCCAGGAGGAAGGUAGCCAGUCACAGCAGCCGGUACUUGGUGAAGGACAAGCAGAGGAGCGGGUUCCCGUGUCCUUGACUACUCGACUGCCCGUAUCAUCCACUGCUCAGAGGCUACAAAACCUCAGGAAGAAGCUGUGAAAAAGCAGAGAAGACAUGCUGAAAGCAGUUAUGGAUCACUCUGCCAGAGAGAGUAAAAAAGUGCAGGACUGGAGGGAAAGGGAAAGCAGGCUCCACCAGAGAAACGCAGCGGCUAAGAAGAAAAGCGCAAAACAGCUGAUAAGCAUCCUGGCACGCCAAGCGGACUCUAUCCAGGUGCUCGUAGCCAUGCGGGCAGAGCACUACCGCGCCGCCCCCCUCCCCGUCAUCCCAAAGCUCUUUCCCUUGUGCCCCAAUGUCAGCUCCAAACCCCCUUCCCCAGCAUCCAGGUUCUUACCACCACCAGCUGCCCCCAACACCUGUACAUUCACCAACCAGCCCUGAGAACUACGACCCUUACCCUCUGCACUCAGCCCCCAUCACCAUGCAAUAUUUUCAUCCUGAAGUGCAGCAGUCAUUGCACAGCGCUCCAGACAGGACAUAUUCAAACCUGUGACUGUACAG